GGAAAAAAAAGGGCGGGAAACCGAAAAUACUAGGCGGCAUUUUUGAAAAUAUUUUAAUUAUAGUGUUUUAAGUCCUUUUUUACUGACAAAACCGAGAUAUAUUUGCUCAUUUAUUAUUAAAUUUAAUGUUAGAUUAAAUUUCUGAUUCUACUCGUUGAAUGAGGCCAGGAGGCGGGGGUGCGGGCGGCGGCCCCUCCCCCAUGGAAACAGAAACCGCCAAAACUUCAACAAAAAGAAGAAAUAAAGAUGUUUCUGAUACAGAAGUCACAUCAUGUAAGCAAAAAAUGACAUACAUACGAAGUCGUCGCGGUCUCUUCAAAGACCACAACCCCAUAUAUGAAGAUUUGACAAAAAAAGAGUAUCCUGUACUACUACAAUCUGCUUCUAAUGAACUGACUCAUAAAGUCCCCAUGGACAUCCUCAAAGUUAAUGGAAUAUUAAAAGAGAUUUUGGGGGUGCAAUAUGUAAAGGCGGCUGGUAACUUUUAUGUUAAAGUUUAUUUCGGAUGUGCCAAGGAUGCAAAUGCAUUUUUGCUAAACAAACCUGUACUACAAGAAAAUAAUUGGAAAGCAACAAUUCCAUAUGACAGCAUAGAGUGCCAAGGAAUUAUUCGUGCUCCUGUGGAUCUUAGUGAGGAGACAUUGCUCGAGGACUUAAAAGCGAGUUGUAUGAUUCUUGGUGUAAAGCGCUUUACCAAAAAACAGGACGAUGGGCAAUUCAAACCUCUCCCAACCGUCCUGGUUACAUUUAUGGCCUCGUCUAGACCCGACCUCUGCUUCAGUGCUUCAGAUCUUAUAAAUUUGGACAUGGCAGUGGAGCUUGUAAAAGCACUCAAGUAUGUUCCAUUUGUUCGGCGGGUCAUUUUUACAAAGAAUGUACCACACCAUCAGUCUUCAAGUGCUCAAACUGUAGUGGACCCCAUUCGGCAGUUUCUUAUACCUGUAAAGUGA